AUGGAUAAGAUCAGGGAGCGCAUGGUCGCCCUCCGCGCCGAGGCUGACGAGGCUCACGAGCUCGUCGAUGAGCUCAAGGCCAAGGUCAAGACGUUGGAACAGGAGAAUUUGUCCAAGGAACAAGAAAUCACAUCCCUCAAUCACCGUAAUCAGCUUCUAGAGGAAGAGGUUGAGAAGGCAGAGGCCGCCCUCAAGGAGGCUAAGGAUUCUGCCAGCCAGAGCCUCCAGCACGACACUCAAAACGAGGCCCUUCAGCGACGAGUGCAGCUCCUUGAGGAGGAGGCUGAGGAGAAUGACAAGACUCUGCGGGAAACAAACGAGAAGCUCCGCCAAACCGACAUCAAGGCCGGGCACUACGAGCGGAAGGUGCAGGCACUCGAGGACCAACAUGCCAAGCUCGAGCAAAGAUAUGAGGAUGCGAUCAAGGAACACAGCGCUGUGAAGAAGGAGCUCGACGACCUUGCAUCCCAGAUGGCCGACAUCUAA